GUUGUAGGAUCUUCUUCGGUUUUAAAGUCUUCUCAAGAGAAACUCAAUUAUUCUCGUUUAUGUCGUCUGCUGAUCAGCAUAGGCUCGCGAGUGCUAAGAGACACAUUUGAUUGCAUAAUUCCACCGGAGAAUCUUCGAGAAUUGUUGAAAAAUGACCCGGCGCAUUCCAGACUACAGUUACUGCGAAAGAAAAGAGUCCUAACUUCAGUACAUUGGAGUAAAUUGUUCCCUGCCACACCCACUGAAGUGUCAUCUGCAAGCUUUGAUAUCCCCCUCUUGAUUGUGCUUCUAAGGACAAUCUGUAAUCUGAGUCCUCCGCCCACUGGCUGGGACACACCUCCUCUUACAGCAGACACCAGUCGUGAGUCUGACAUUGCGCGCAUAAAGUACUUCAUGAACGCCAUGUCCAAACAUUCCCCGGAAGGCUCUUGUAGUGAUGCUGUAUUCAGAAGGUACUGGCAGCAUAUCCGUGACACACUGCUACGACUGGGUGGAGCUGAUUAUGAAGAUCUUAUUGAUGAAAUGAAAUACCAGGACAUUGAAUUCCUGGAUGAGGAACAUUUCAGAGAACUUCUCAAGCAGUGGAAGAAGGUAGAAGAUGACAUCAAAGAGAAACUGAAUGAACUGGAAACUGAAGAAGCCUCUAUGGAGGAAGGUAUGAUUUACAGUAGACCUUUUGCAGCUCGGAUGUCUUUAUGGGAUACCAUCCUCAAUUACCAGAGAUUGAAACAAACAGUAGCGGUUCUGCCCAUUUUUAGGUUUUAAAUCGGGAAAAACUUUUUGUAUCAAUGGAAAAAGGCGCUGGAUCGAGGAAUUUUUUUCAUAUUUUUAAAACCCUUGUAAUUGUGCAGCCAUUCCAGCACCUAUAAAAUCUUAGUUUUCUGGUCAACCGUAAAAUCGUAAUAAUAAUGUCCUUUUUACCCUCGGCAGUAUUUAUAGCACUGAUGCUAGUAGGGCCGAGCAAAUGUAGGCACUUUUUCAGUUUUAAAAUCCACUCCAGGGAAAAUCAAUUAUUCUCGUCCAUGUCGUCUACUGGUCAGUAUGGGCUCACGAGCGUAAAGAGAUACAUUUGAUAGCAUAAUUAAACCACAGAACCUUCAAGAAUUCUUGAAGCGUGACCCGGCGCACCCUGGACUGAAGUUACUGCGAAAGGAAUCCCCAGUAUUAAUACUUCAGUACAUUGGAGUAAAUUGCAUAUUGCCGCACCCACUGAAGUGUCAUCUGCAAGCUUUGAUAUCCCUCUUAUGUCGUAGCAGCUGCGAGAAAGAGAAAGAGAAAGAGAAAGAGAAAGUCGUCAGAAAAAAGAAAGUCGUCGGGACCUUUUUUAAAAAAAUAAUUAGUGGAACAGACAAGCAACCUUUCAAAUUUUGACAUAGGUAGUAAAUGGACUUAAUUGUUGAGGUUGUCAUAACCAUCUGACGUACCCUUCAUAUUUCAUACGUUUACAAACGGGAAUAAAUUUCUUGUAGUCAAAUUGAAGCAAACGUUUAUUCACGUUCAUUGUAUUUAAACAGGUCGUGAUAGUGCAAAUGCCCAGACAGACGUAACCAACAGUGCCUCUCAGCAGACGGAAGGCCUGAUUGAACACCGUGGAGGUAUUGAGGACUUUAUCAUGAUCAAUGACUUAUGACUUAAUAUUGAAUGAUGGUAACGGGCAAAGACUGUUCUUGUAAAGUCCUUAACAAUAGAUGAUAUAAUUUGAAUAAUUGAGUGUACCAGAGACCGUUGAAAAUGUAUUUAAUCCAAUGCAGAGCAUUAAACCUAUUUUUGUCCUUCCUAAACUGGAGGUGGAUCUCUCUCUUCCAUAAAAUCAAUAACAGUAAACUUCUCACGUUUGUUUACUGCGAAAGUCCCAAUUUAGACCUGCAGGCCAAAGUCGGAUUCAGUUUCUCUUGCAAACAUUUGAGCACAAUUUAAGCCAAAAAAGCCACAUCAAUUAAAUGCUUAUUCCAACCCACACUGAGACUCAUAUCAGCCUAUGGACGCUAAUUAGCCCUAGGUAGUAGGACUGUAUUCGCCCUGAUUAAGGAAGCCAAAUGAGAGACGAAAAUACAGUCGAACCCCUAAGUCUUUGCAUUUUGGGUGGUCGCUUACAAGAAUAGAACCACAGGGUGCCUCUUCCAAGAUGAGGUCCGGGCACAUCUACUUUAUGGAAGAUAAUUUAUUGCAUACAAUUUCUAAGUUACACCAUGUGUAGUUCCAUGUUGUCACUAAAGUUCUUCGUAUAUUCUAAGUAGCAUAGUGCACGCAGCGAACAUAGAGAUCAGAGAAUGCGUCAAGUCGUCGCUUACAAGAGGUUAAAAAGAAAAGAAAAUUAUUCAACUUUCAGGCCCAAAAUGUGGUCGCGGUCGCUUACGGGAGGUGGUCGUUUACUAGAGGUUCCAACUAUAUAGCUUUGCCUGGGAAAGUUUCGCUGUUUGGACAGGAGGUCGCUUUAGGGAGGUGGUCGCACAUGAAGGUUCUACUGUAGUACUGUAUUUCACUCACUGAAACGGUCCAAUUUUAUGGCUAAAACAGGUCUUUUUGAUUUACAGUGUAAGUAUUCUAUAUCGUUCACAGGAUGUGGGAAUGGAAACUCUUCGAUGUUUGAGAAUUUCUGCUCUUUAUGUUUUUAACAAGCUCAUUCCCCCUUUCCCUGCCAUUUGAGUGCUUGCCACCGGCCCGAUCUUCAGUGGUUUUGUAGUACGUCAGAAAAUAUUUAACAUUUGGUUGCUGUCGUUUUCUACCGUAUUGAAAACCAAACAAAUCAAGCUAAGUUCCGUCUUGUUUUUCUCUCUGUUUUAGAUUUUUCAUACCCAACCGAUGUCAUAGAAAAGAUCCGUCAGCUCUACAGAACACGUGAACAACGCCUCCUGCCUCUUCCUUGGUUAGAAGAUUUUAGCUUUCAUCUCAAUGAAAUCUUUACCAGAUUAAAAAUCGUUCGCAAAGAAAAAACCCGAGGAGUACUUCCUGGCGUUAUAACCAAUAUGACUGCUAUCUUUAAGGCGCACGCCGAAUGCCAAAGGCCGCGAACAGUUUUGAUCGGAGGAGAUCCUGGUAUGGGAAAAACUACGUAUUGUCAAAAGCUGGCGUAUGAUUGGGCAACUAAGCAGAACGAAUGGGACCCAUCUUUUCCAGAGAUUGAAGUGCUCCUGCUUCUCAAAUGUCACGAAAUUAAAUCUAACAUCUGGGAAGCUAUUAAUGAUCAAAUUCUUCCCGAAGAAAUGGACGAUCAAGCUAAGGAAUACUUCUUUAAAUUCAUUCGUGAAAAUCAGUCCAAGGUUCUUUUAGUUCUCGAUGGAAUGGAUGAAGCGGAUCCUAGCAACCUCAAAAUGUUCUUUAACCUUGUCGAGGGUAAAGAACUCUCAGGUUGUUACGUUGUUCUUACAUCUCGUCAUGAAGUUGGGAAGAAAGUAAGCAGAUGCUGUGACACUCUGUGGGAGAUUAAAGGAUUCAACAUGGAAGAUGCAGAAAGCUUUAUUCAUAAAUACUUUAAAAACAUCAACAAGGAGCUUUUGGCUGAGAAAACUAUAAAAAUGAUAUGGCCGCCUUUGCAUUCGGCAAAAUCUACAGACCUGGGUGAAUUGGCAAAAAAUCCUUUAAACACUGCUUUAUUUUGUGUUAUUUGUGAGGACUUGAAGGGCGUUUUUCCAACAAGCAGAACCCAAUUAUAUAUUGAAAUAGUCAACUGUGUUUUAAGACGUUAUGAGAAAAAGCACGGACUAUCGAGCAACAAUGAUAACCUGUUGACCGUGUAUGAAAGAGACUUAUUUCAUCUUGGGCAAAUGGCGUUACAGUCGCUUCGGAAAGGAGAGCUGUUCUUUGAAGAGCAUGAAUUUGCUGAGAAACUUAUUGCAUUAUCAAAGUUUGGAUUUCUUUCACUCCAGGCGGCUGGCAGUAAGAGGAAAUCUCUUGUGCGUUACGCAUUUCUUCAUAAAAGCUUCCAGGAGUUCUUUUCUGGAUUCUAUCUUGCUUGCCAAAUAAUUGAGGGAGAUAUUGACUGUGACUCAGUAGUGACUGAUCAAAGUCACAAAGCUGAAUUAAACCAAGUCUUUUAUUUUAUGAGUGGAAUAUUAGCUUCAUUAAGCGAGGAAAUCGCAGAGUCUCUCGUGAAAAGUAUCGCUGUUGAUAUCAAU